AUGGGUUGCGUGACGCUAAACCUGGAGGGCCCAGAGUACGACGAAGUCACGGACAAGUGGUACUAUCUCGAACAUUCGAACACGUACUCGAAGAAGCAAGAAUUGAUAUCAGGGAGAGUCAGGCUGAAGGUGUUCGUGGACAAGCAUUCCAAGCAAAGCAAGGAGUCGGAAGAACUGAGGCUGACAUUUUCUGACCUGGUCAAGAUAGUUUUCCGGGAAAGAAACGAAGGAGCUCAGACUCAGCCGACGAACAACCCUCUGUUUCCUUUCGAUCCCGAUUCCCUGAGCAAGCAGUCGUGGGACUUGGUUGUCAUGUUUCUGCUCCUGUACACCACGUUUGCUGUUCCGUUGCUCCUCGCUUUCGGUUCAGAUCCUAUCAAGGGUCCCAUGACGCCAUACCAGAUCUGGGACUUGUGCUUGGAUGUGAUCUUCUGUGCGGAUGUUAUACUCUCCUUCUGUACUGCUUACACGCAUCAAGGAGUUUACACUACCAACAUGUGGAUGAUCGCUAGGAACUACCUGCGGGGAUGGUUCUGGAUUGAUCUGCCUGGCAGCGUUCCCUUUGAUAAGAUUGUGACUGCGGCGUCCUCGGGCGACAACCUUGCUCCGACGCUGCGUGUCCUCAAGUUCAUCCGUAUCCUGAAGAUGGUGCGAGCUGUGAGAUUCCUGAACAAGCUGUCGCAGCUGGAAGAGAAGGACAGGUCCGGGUCUCUCAGGACCGUUCUCAAGAUCUUCCGCUCCAUCUUCUUGAUGGUCUUCUCUGCACAUUUCCUGGGCUGCAUGUUUGUGAUGAUGAUUGAUCCCGCAUCAGCCGACAACUGGAUGCGAGCUUACAACCCAGAGAUUGCCGAUCAUGGCUCCGACAUCGAAAAGUACGUCCUCUGCCUGUACUGGGCGCUGGCCACGGUCAGUACCCUCGGGUACGGCGACGUCCUCCCCGUAACACACGAGGAGAGGAUUUACAGUGUGUUUGUGGCGCUGACGGGGGUGGUGAUCUUUGGGUUUGCCAUGGGAAACAUCACUACCCUUCUCUCGCAAGCCCAGGGGGCCCGCCUGAGGUUCGAGGACAAGCUGCGGACUGUUUCUGAGUACCUCGACUUCCGCCUUGCCAGGCCUGACCUGAAGCGGCGUGUGACAGCUUACUUUGGAGGGUGCUGGAGACGCAGCGGAGAGCUCUUCACGGAGAUGGAGCUGCUCAACACGUUCCCCAGGCAGCUGAGGAGGAUGACGUUGAAGCACCUGGGGUCAGAGGCAGAGAAGAAAAUCCCCCUGUUGUUCAACCUUGACCCCGAGGUCAUCGGGGAGAUCUACGUCAGGCUGCAGCCCAUGGUGUACAGGAGGGCGGACAGCAUCUACCUUAGGGGAGACGAGGGCGGGGAGAUGUACUUCAUCACUGAGGGGAUGGUGAACCUG